GCCGCCGGAAGUGGGUUAGGGUUAAGUUUCAGCCGUAGAAGAAGAAGCAGCAGCGGCAGAAAGCGGCUCGGUGUUAGCCUCACGUAUCUGGUAAAAAGUGAAAGUUUGGUGUUGUUAGUGAAGAUGGAGCCGGUGACGGUGGCGACGACAGCGGCGACGGAGAUCGACGGCAGCGUGAUGGAGGGAGGCGGACAGAUCCUGAGAGUCUCCGCGGCGCUCAGCUGCAUCACUGGCACCGCCAUCAAAAUCAGCAAAAUCCGAGCCGGGAGGAGCACACCGGGGCUCAGACCGCAGCACCUGAGUGGCCUGCAGCUGGUCUCAGAUCUGUGCUCUGGCAGUCUGCAGGGAGCCUCCAUCGGCUCCACCGACAUCAGCCUGACUCCAGGAAAGAUUCAGUCUGGAAACCACACGGCCGACACACAGACAGCAGGGAGUGUGUGUCUGCUGCUGCAGGUCGCUCUGCCCUGCGCUGUGUUCGCUGACGCUUCCUCACAGCUCUGUCUGAAGGGAGGAACCAACGCUGAGAUGGCUCCUCAGAUCGACUACACCGUCAAGGUGUUUAAACCCAUCGUGGAGAAGUUUGGCGUCCAUUUUGACUGUGACAUCAGAAUGAGAGGUUACUACCCUAAAGGUGGAGGUGAGGUGUUUGUGACGGUGAACCCGGUCAAAGAGCUGCAGCCCGUCACCAUGACAGAGAGAGGAAACAUCACCAAGAUCCACGGCCGAGCCUUCGUCGCCGGAGUCCUGCCCUUCAAAUUGGCUAAAGACAUGUCGGCUGCUGCUGUUCGAACCAUCAGGAAGGAAAUCAAAGAGCUGUACAUCAACAUCCAGCCGCUGCAGGAGAAAGACAAGGCCUGUGGCAACGGCAACGGCAUCAUAAUCAUCGCUGAGUCGUCGACAGGUUGUCUGUUCGCAGGUUCAGCUCUGGGAAAGAAAGGUGUGUAUGCAGAUAAAAUCGGUAUUGAAGCUGCUGAGAUGUUGUUGAGAAACAUCAGACACAAUGGCUGCGUGGACGAGUUCCUGCAGGACCAGCUCAUCAUCUUCAUGGCAUUGGCGAAGGGAACGUCUCGGAUUCGAACCGGUGCUGUGACGCUGCACACACAGACGGCCAUUCACAUCGCAGAGCAGCUCACUCAGGCGAAGUUCACAAUAACAAAGUGUGAGGACGAGCUGAGCAGUAACGUCACCUACAUCAUCGAAUGUCAAGGAUCAGGAGCCGCCAACCUCCACCUGUAGCCACACACACUGAACACACACUGAACACACACCCACUGUCUCUGUACUGGACUCGGUAGCUGCUCCCAUCAUGGCCGACCCUCUUAGCUUCUGUCUCUCAGGGUGUUUCCGUAAAUACUGUAAGAAAUAAAUAAAAGUCUUUCCAACGUU